AGCACUUGUUGGUCUUAAUCUUCAAGAAACACAGGAUAAAAUUGGAGGUCCAGAAAUCAUAGUUGAAAUUGAUAAAACUAAGAUCAGGAAAAGGAAACAUAAUCAUGGUCACCAUGUAAAAGUUAAUCAUAGUCUUUAUUAUGUUGACCCCAAUAUGUGUGUUUAUACUAAUACUAUAGAGGAAACAUGGAAUGGAAUUAAACUUCAGGUUCCCCCAAGAAAUUGUACUGAAUCAGAAAUCCCAGAAGAAAUUAUGGACAGAGAAGAAAUAAGUAAAGGAGAAGAAAGAGAUGAAGAGAAAGAAAGGGAAGAUAGUAUUGAAGAAAUAGAAAAUAAAAAUAGAAAUCAUAGAAAUUAUGAGCGAUGA